AUGCAAGUUCCGAUCGGCUCUAAUUGGCGUCUACGUCGAAAGACGCGUUCCGCCCAUGCCGAUUAUAACCAUGACUUCGGCACCGCCCAUUCAAAGCAAGUUGAGUCUUAUCAGUGUGCUAAUCCCUCCGCGUUCUUGCCAAUUAAUGUGCGAAACCCGUUCAGGUCAUACGAAUCGCAAAUUAAUCUGCAAGCUCGCGUUCCACCCUCACCGGUCCCCCGCACUCAGUCACGCCACGCCGGCCCUCCGCACCACACGCUACAUAACCGAAAUGAUACAAAUAAUAACCGACACUUUCGCUCUUUUCAGAACAAAGUCGAGUACUACGUGAAAUGGAAAGGCUGGAAACCGAAGCACAACACUUGGGAGCCGGAAGAGAACAUUCUCGACCCCAGGCUCAUACAGAGCUUCGAGAGAGGAGAGGAGCUGAGGAGACAGGGCCGCAAACGAGAACGAGAACACUCCCCGGUCGAACGCGCCCGCAGCGGCUCGGAAGAACGCCAACCGCCCCCCGGAAAGCGCAAGGCCGAAGUCCUAUCGAAGGAGUCCGGUAAAAUCGGCGUCACGAUCACCAUGAGCCCACCGGCCAAAAAGCACGACUCGACGAAACUGAACGGCGGAAGAACGCACAGCCAGCCGCCGCCGCUCGCCGCGCCCCCCGGAGGUGCCGCUGCGCCCGCGUCUCCCGCGGCAGAGGCGGCCGCGCCCCGCACGGGGCCAAGAAGGGCGCCCCAUUCCCCCGAAGAAGCGGACGCUCACACUCCCCCCGAGAGAGAGCGACGCACCGACACGCAGCCCACUGCGACGGCUCCGGCCGAGCCGAAGGGAGCCCGACCUCCGCCUCCUACGCCGCAGCAGGAAGACGAGGACUCCUGGGGAGAGCCCCCCGUCACCCCGGCGCCUCCUCCCCCUCCGCCCCCGAAACGCGGGGCGGCCUUCUGGUCCGCUCGCUCCCCCGUCGCCGACCAGAUCUUCAUAACCGACGUGACCGUCAACCUACAAACGGUGACCAUAAGGGAGUGCAGGACACAGGACGGCUUCUUCAGAGCACGCGAGGGUCGGCCGCUCGACGUGACGUAA